AUGGCCUGCGAGUUCUACCGAGAUUUUUUGCUCGCGCCUGGCAGUCCGUCCGCGUACAGGUCCGGCCAUCCGGGUGCUCAAGAAGAAGCAGGCGCCACUGUGACCAGGCCCUGUCGUGCGCGCGUCCGCAGGGAGAAGCUGCUGUUUGAUCCCCGACUCCCCGUCCAAGACGGUCAGCAUCGCGUUCGUCAUCGAUCAGGCCGUGCUAGUCACCUUCCUGAGCUCGUGGUGGUCCUAGGAGAGGAUCAGGACGCGUACAGCGCCGGCGGCAGGGUGCACGUGCACCAGCCCAGCCACAAGGGGCGGCGGAAGUGGGGCGACAAGACGCACGGCGGGAGGGCGCUGGGCGAGAUGUACCUGCUCAGCACCUGCGACGUAGUCGUCACCACCGGCUUCUCCACCUUCGGCUACGUGGCGCAUUGGCUCGGCGGGGUACGACCCUGGAUCAUGCCCGCCACGUCCAUGGAUGGGGGACGCAGUGCUUCAUAG